CAUCAGAUUAAUCAAACUUUUGUGUUGUGAUUGUUCACUAAUAAUCACAAUGUUUUAAUACAUUUUAUGAAAAUCAGGAAGAAAAUCAGGCCAGAGAGAGAUUUGUCCUUUAUUCUUAUCGUCUGAAUUUUUUAAAUGUGUCAAGUAUUAAUCCAGAAAUGUAAUUUGAGUUUACAAAACACAUUAACAGUCAGAUAAGCAGAACUCUAAAAACUUUUAUGUCAGCAGUAUUAAACAAAUAAAACAAAGAUGUUGACGAACAGGUGUGUUAAUUAAGUUGCAUUGAUUAAUAUUAAUUUAUGUUAGAUAAUCGCUUUUAUUGUUCUUAGCCCUACUUAAAACGUAUAUUCUUAUAUUCUGCUGCACAAAUGUUGCUCAGAAAAAAACAUUCUUGAAGUCUAUACUUGCAUUCACAUACAUGUAUAGAUUUUUUACAAUUGUACUUUACAGCAAUAUUUUCAAUUUUAUGUUUAAAAGUAAAAGGAGAAAAACAUGAUCACUCAUAAUGAUAGAAAUUAUGUUGGACUGUUUUGAAUUGUUAAUUGUUGUAAAUCUGCAGCAGGAGAAUUUUAAUUUGACACAUGAUGCGUUUUAUUUUGAAAGGAACUUAUGUUAAUAUCAAAAGAAAAGAAAGUCAUAAUUGUAACAUAUUGAAAAAACAGGGCUUUAAUAAUUCAGUAAUUGCAAAUAUUUAAAAGUUAUGUAUGUAAAAAACAGAAAACAAUAAAACAGAUUAACUGUAAAGUGGGACUUUGCAGCUUUCAUUGGGUUUUAGUCAGUAUGAAACUGGACCAAAUGCGAGUGUUAAAGCUUGCAGAGCUCUUACUUAACUUUUCCCAAGGCUAACUGAAGCAUAUUCAUUCAAUAGCUAAUCAAUAACCGUCAAUCGCGUUGGUUUUCCUCAUAGAUGUGCACACUAACACACACAAUGCUAGACGUGCCGGUCCUAAGAGGAUUAUUGCAAAGAGGAACACAAAGUCAUUACUGUCCAUGAUCAUCAUUACACCAGCGUCUCCAUGAACACACAUACACACACACACACAGGUUCUGUGACGGACAGAAACCAGAGGACGCAGUGAGGAGGAAGUCCAGACACCAUCAGGAUGCAGGAGUAUGAUAUUAUAGUCCUAGGAACUGGACUUAAGGAAUGUGUCCUCUCUGGUUUAAUGUCUUUGAGCGGGAAAAAGGUUCUCCACAUCGACAAGAAUCCUUAUUAUGGAGGAGAGAGUGCAUCCAUUUCUCCUCUUGAGGAGCUGUACAGGAGGUUCAAGGUGCACGGUCCUCCGAAAUCGAUGGGUCGUGGGAAAGAGUGGAACGUUGACCUCGUCCCCAAGUUUUUUCUUGCAACCGGUGAACUGGUGAAAAUCUUGCUGCACACCGAAGUAACUCGCUACAUGGACUUCAAGGUGGUUGAAGGCAGUUAUGUGUACAAGACAGGCAAACUGCACAAAGUCCCCGCCACAGAGGAGGACGCCCAAACCUCAGAUCUAAUGGGCAUGUUUGACAAGAGGAGGUUCAGGAAGCUCCUCAACUUCGUCCUGAACUUUGAAGCGCAAAACCCUCGCACCCACCAGGACGUGGAUCCAGAAAAAACCACCACCCGGGAGCUGUUCUCCCGCUUUGACCUGGGCCAGGACGUCAUAGAGUUCACAGGUCACGCCAUAGCCUUACACUCCAGUGAAAGUUACCUGGACCAACCCUGUUUGGACACCAUCAACCGGAUCAAGCUGUACUGUGAGUCUUUGUCUCGCCACAACUUCAGCCCGUACCUGUACCCUCUGUACGGACAGGGGGAACUGCCACAGGGAUUUGCCAGGCUGAGUGCAGAGUACGGAGGAGCUUUCCUGAUGAACAGGACCAUAGAUGAGAUUGUGAUGGAGAACGGCAAAGUCAAAGCUGUCAAGUCAGAGGGGAAGGAGUUCCACUGUAAGCAGCUGAUCUGCGAUCCCAGCUAUGUGCCCAACAGAGUCAGGAAGAUCGGGCGCGUCGUCAGAGCCAUUUGUUUACUAAACCAUCCUGUCAAAAACACCCACGAUGCCAGCUCCUGUCAAAUCAUCCUUCCUCAAAGUCAGCUCAACAGGAAGUCAGACAUUUACAUAUCUGUAGUGUCCUACAGCCACAGCGUGGCCUCAGAUGGACUGUACAUCGCCACAGUGAGCACCACCGCCGAGACCGUCACCCCGGAGAAGGAGGUGCAGCCAGGCCUGGAGCUGCUGGAGCCUAUCCUGCAAAAAUUUGUAACCGUCAACCACCUGCUAGUUCCAAACGAGGACGGCAGGAAGAGCCAGAUAUUUGUUUCCCGCUCGUACGACGCGACCGACCACUUUGAGACGGAGUGUGAGGACAUCAAGGACUUGUACCACCGGCUGACUGGAGCUCGACUCUGCUUCCUGAAGUCUCGACAUCAGUCCCAUAACUCUGACGACGACUGAGGACGCCGCUGCUCCACCGCCGGUGGCGACGGCGUAGGAUGUAGUGAGCUGUUUGUAUUGUUCUCUUUUAUUAUGUAGGUUUGCUUUGAACCUUUUUCUUCUAAAUGUAAUUUUGACACGUAAACAUCAGGAGAAAAUGACCGACCUUAGGAGUUUAUUGCAUUUGUAAAGUUUGGUUGUGAAACCUCCUGAACAUUUGUUGUGUAGUUUUUGUGUUGAUCGUUCUUUAGUGAAAGUAUCAGAUUUUUUUCUCAAACUCAAA